AUGAGUGGGUCACCCCACAGGGAGACACAGCGGAGGCCAGAGAGGAUCCUACAGGACAGCAAGGAGAUGCCACCCAAAACCAAAGGAAAAGGGAAGAAAACUGGGGCACAGAAGAAGAAAGAGAAUGCGGGCGCUGAUGUGGAGACCAAGUCCGCACACCGGCGGGCAGUGAUGGAGAAGGAGCUGCUCCAAGACCACCUGGCUCUGCGGAGGGAUGAGGCCCGCCGGGCUAAAGCUUCUGAGGAGCAGCUGAGGCAGAGGCUGCAGGUGCUGGAGGCUGAGUUGGAGGAGGCCCGAAGUGAGGGCAAGGCCAUCUAUGCAGAAAUGAGUCGUCAGUGCCGGGCCCUGCAGAAGGAAAUGGAGACCCGCAGCAGGCAACUGGAGGAAGAAGUGACAGGCCUUCGGGAACAGCUGGAGACGUGCCAGAAGGAGGCCAAGGCUGCAGGGCAAGAGGCUGAGCAGGCCCUGGGAGAGCGGGACCAGACUCUGGCUCAGCUUCGGGCCCACGUGGCAGAUAUGGAGGCCAAGUAUGAGGAAAUCUUACAUGGCAGCCUGGACCGACUCUUGGCCAAGCUGAGGGUCGUCCAGCCUCAGUGGGACGGGGCUGUGCUGAGACUUCAUGCCAAGUACAAGGAGCAGCUCCGCCAGUUUGGACUCAACCCCCUGGAUCUUUGA